AUGGCUGAGCUGUACCCCGACCUCAAGGACCGUCCUGUCAAGGAGACCGUCUGCCUUUUCGAUGUCGAUGGCACUCUCACCCCUGCGAGACAGUCUGUCUCUGCUGAGAUGCUGCAGACCCUGUCCAACCUAAGACACAAGUGCGCAAUUGGCUUUGUCGGAGGUUCAGAUCUUGCCAAACAGCAAGAGCAGCUGGGCACCCCGUCUCUUCCUGUCACCACGCUCUUUGACUUCUGCUUUGCCGAGAAUGGUCUGACUGCGUACCGCCUGGGCAAGCCCUUGGCCUCUCACUCCUUCAUCCAAUGGCUUGGAGAGGAGAAAUACCAGAAGUUGGCCAAAUUCUGUCUGAGAUACCUCUCGGAGCUUGAGGGUCUUCCUCGCAUGCGUGGCACGUUCAUCGAAUUCCGCAACGGCAUGAUCAACGUCAGCCCUGUUGGUCGUAAUGCCAGCAAAGCAGAAAGAGACGAGUUUGAGGCGUGGGAUAAGAAGAACAACUGCAGACCUCAGAUGAUUGAGGCGAUUCAAAAGGAGUUCCCUGAUUUGGGACUGACGUACUCGAUCGGCGGUCAAAUCUCCUUCGACGUAUUCCCCACAGGAUGGGACAAGACCUAUUGCUUGCAGCACAUUGAAGCCGAAGCAGACCCAAGCAAGAAUCUGUCGGGCAUCCACUACAAGAACAUCCAUUUCUUCGGUGACAAGGCCUUCAAAGGGGGUAACGACUGGGAAAUCUACAGCGAUUCUCGAACCAUUGGUCACGCUGUCAAAGGCCCCGAGGAUACCAUCGCUCAGCUCAAGGAACUCUUUGACGUCUGA